GUAUCUAGGCCUUUGCUGUGAAGAAUUCGGUAAACAUGGAGAGGCUCGAUGCAAGAAAGAUGAAGAUGGAAGAAGAACUCACUGAGAACAUCGGGCUCCCAGUGAAUCUGCUUGACAAACACGACCCGUGGCCAGCCUAUGUCACAUACACCUCCCCGAUGGUGAAGAGACUCAUAGAGAAGAGCAAGGCCAGAGAGCUGGAGUGCCUGCAAACGGUGGAGGAGAGUCGGCGGGGGGGCAAGCAGAGCAAGCCAGCCAGCCUCAUCCAGCUGAAGAGGAGGAAGUCUUCCAAGUCCUCGGGCACUGCCACCUUCAAGGACCUGAGGUCCGAGACCAUGCUGUCUGUGUGGGGCCCCCUCACCAUGUCGGCCAUGGGGCCCCCGGGGGUCCCAGAGCCCCUCCACCUGCACUCAGACUCCAGGGCGAGUCCCACCACCGGCUACAACAAGAUCAUCUUUGCCCGGGCGCCCACCAUGAGGACGCUCCCUUACACGGCCGGGCGGCCGUCGGAAAUGUUUUGCCUCUAGCCAGAGUCCCCGCAGCUGACCCCCGAGCUUGUAUGGCAAUUAAGCGCCGUUUGCCACACAUUGUGUGGCGGCCCUUGCGUUGGAACUCGCCCCUGCUGGUGCAGAGGUUGGCUGAGAUCAACCCCAAGGGAUGGGGGCCAUGGGUGGGCAGGUGCUCUCCCUUUGGCAGUGCAAUUUAAGUGGGCCUGGGAAUGCCAGGCUCCAGUUCCUGGUGUAGAUGCUUAGGACCCAGCUGAGGACGAAUCAGUUCUGGUCCAGGCAGCAGACAGAAACCACACCAGAGAGCAGGCCACUGAAAAGGCAGAAAGAGGGUUCAGAGGGCGUGGAUGGAGAGGCACCUGCAGGAAGCAGCCUGGGGCAUGCACCCAGGGAAGAUGCAAAUAUAUUAAGCUAGACGCUUGGUGAUGGGCAGGUGGGCUGAUCUCUGAUUCCUGAGGUGGGCUAACGAAUGCUUCUCAGCAGACGCUGGUGUCCUGAGCUCGGAGGACAGCCCUGUGGGGUGGCACCCCCGCCUCUUGGCUCAUGGACGCACAUGCUUGGUUCCAAGAGUGUUGGGGAAACCCAAGAGGGGCUCAGAUGUUUCUGGAAGGAGUUGACACCGCCCAAGUGAAUGAGUAUUGCUGAGGACAGGAAGCCAGCAGGAACCAAAUCUGGAGCAAGUCCCUUCUUCCUCCUCCAGUCUUGACGUUCCCUCUGGCUCUCCUGAUAGGCAGAGCCUAACUGGGAGGGAAAUAGAAAUGUGGUUUGCAGCAACCUAAAUCCUGCGUCUCGAAGCAGAGUGUGAAAGGAUGGACUUAGAGCCAGGGAAUUAAGCUUGAG